AUGGACAAGCCCCAGCCCGAUCCUGCAAGGGAUCAGGUCGAUGGAGGAUCGGGAGCCAGGCCUGCCUCCGCAGUCAGGAGGGCUGGGCCGGGCCCGGGGCUGGUGCCGCCGGAGCUGCGCGCCCGCCUCCUGGACCAGGAGGACUACCGCGGCCGCGCGCGGGCCGUGCAGGAGCUGAAGGCCGCGCUGGGCGCCGCCGCCGUGGCCUCGGCGCCGGCCCCCGGCCUCCUGGGGCUCCUCGGCCUCCUGCACGCCCUGCUCGAGGACUCCAACUUCCAGGUGGUGCUGGGGGCCCUGGAGGCGACCCACGUGCUGGCCCUGCGCCUGGGCCGCCGCGUCGAGGCCUUCGCGGCGCCGCUGGUGGCGGCGGCCGCCAAGGUGCUGGGGGACACCAAGCUGGCCGUCCGGCUGGAGAACGGGCGCCUCUUGGCGCGGCUCAUGGAGGCGGCGGGGCCGCGGCCCGUGCUCGGCCUGCUGCUGCAGCCGCAGCACCUGCAGCACAAGAACUCCCGCGUCCGCGAGGAGGUGCUCAACGCCUGCAUGGUGGCCCUGCUCACCUACCCGAGCGAGGACUUGGACUUGUCCAAGCUGGCUUUCGACCUGGCCCCGGCGCUGGUGGACAGCAAGCGCCGGGUGCGGCACGCGGCCCUGGAGGCUUUUGCCCUGUUGGCGUCUUGCAUGGGCCCGGGCAAGACCAGCCUUCUCUUCAAGGCUGUGGAUGCUGUGGAGCUCCAGGACAAUGGGGACGGCGUGAUGCACGCCGUGCAGGCCAGGCUGGCCAGGAAGACCUUGCCGAAGCUAACGGAGCAGGGGCUCGUGGAGUAUGCCGUGCCUCUGCCUUGCUCCGGGCACGGCAGGGGAUCGUGCUUGCCCCGCGGAGCAGACACGGACUGGCUCUUGGCCGGCAACCGGUCCCAGAGCGCGCACAGUUACUGCGGGUAUCACGCAAGGGACGCUGCGCAGAGCUCCGGCUCUCACAGCGCCUGUGCUGACUUGGGAGCGUGCCCAAGAAGAGUUUUAAGUGCGGGUAAAGGGAAGAACAAACUGCCUUGGGAGAACGAGAGUGCUGGAGACAGGGAAGGCGGCUCAGGACACAAGGUGCCUCUCCCAAAGGGCACGGAGCAGUUUUCUCCACCCAAUGACUUCCUUCAGUCUCCAAAGUUAAGACCCUCUCAAGGAAUGCCAGUUAGUGACGAGUUAUUUUUUAGUAGAAAAAGAUCGUCAAGGAAUUUAUUUCAGAAUAGUAUAGAUUUUAGCUCAGAGCAUUCUUCUGUUUGUGCUGGUGCUAUGGGCUCUCAUCAGCCACAUAUUUCAGGGAAGUGUGGACAACUUGGAUACACGCAAACACGUGGGAAGAGUGGUAGUGUGGAUUCUGAUUUACAAUUUUUAGGAUUAAAUAACUGUCAGCAAGACAAAGUUUGUGCCAGCCUAAAUUUUUCCAGCAAGACACAGAGAACUUUUUGCAGUCAAGCAGAGCAUAUGUUGUCCUUUCAAGGUUCUAGUGCAAGUCAGGGGGCCUUCAUCCUGCCGUCCUAUCCUCUGUCGUCCCCCCAAAACAGUCCAAAGCACGUCUCCCCUCCUGCUGACCCUCCGAAGAAGUCACAAGAUAACGCCGUUAACUUCUCAAACUCCUGGCCGCUGAAGAGCUUCGAAGGAUUGCCUAAGCCAAGUUCACAGAAGAAGCUUCUCAGUCAGAAGGCAGGAGACAGUGCAGGGGAGAAUUUGCAGGAGAAACAUUCUCCUCUGCAGCUGAAACCAGCCUUGGUGAGACAUCCAGCUUCCCGGAGAGGCCUGAACGGGACCAGACCCGUCCCCCCCAUACCUCGCGUCGCGAGCCCGUUGCCGGAUAAGAUUGAAUUCAGUGCGACUAAGUGGAGAAACGAAGAGUGUGAGGACGUGUGGAUGAAUGAAGUGGGUAGGAAGCUUGCUGCUGAUCUUUCAGAGCUAAAUGUUGAUGACAAGGAUGUCGACCAAGAAGAGAUGCAGAGUUCACUUAGAUCUCUACGAAAUAGUGCAGCUAAGAAGAGGGCAAAGCUAAGCAGCAGCAUUUCAGAUCUUGAAAGUCCUGAUUCUGCUCUAAAACAUGAUCUGUCUGUGGAUUCCCCUUCCCACACUUCUUCCCCAAGUGUGAGCUCCUGUAGUGAGAGUGGAGUCUGCAGCCAGGAGUCUCUGACUUCACCAGUGUCCGCAGCUCCGCACAGGAGGAGAGUAAUGUCAGACAUCUUUCCACUACUUGGCAGCAAAUCACAGCCUGCAAGAAUAACUUCAGCAAGAAAUAGAGACACUAAUGUGACAGAACAUACCUCUAGCACAGGGCUAAUGUUUCAUGAUAAAGGGACUUCAAAUGUCAGCAUAGUUGGUCAGUGUUUGAGACGUGGCAGUGGAUGUGGUGAUUUUGAAGACAAGAAGCAAAGUGAAGUGUCACCUACUAUUUUUAAAAGUCAAAACAUAGAACACGGAAGAAGUUUUAAGCAUUCAAAAGGUUUUACAGGGUCAACUUCUAGUUUUCAACAAAUGAACAACCAAGAUUUCAUUUCUCCAAGGAUCCUAUCUGAAGAAUCAGUAGCAGUUGUUGGUAAAGGUGUUUUUGGAAGUUCUUCUGCACUAACGUAUAGCCAGUCCAUAACAUGUGUAGAGAAUGGAGGUGACCAAGCUGUCAGUCCAGACACUGAGCCAUCGUCAGGGAUCUGUGGGAGAGGCAUCCGGCAGAACAGUGCUGCUUAUCUUCACCUUGAAAAUGAAAAAGAGUUAAAAAUUGCCAUGUCAAAAUCUGCCCAGGAUAAGAUGAGGCAGAAGAAAAAAGAAGAAAAAGAACAGAGUCACAAAGAACAACACGAAGACCUCGAAGAAAAAGAAGAAAAUCCCUGGGUGAUACUCAAGCUGAAUGAACCAGAGAAAAUAACAAUAAAAAAUUUAAGUCUCUAUGGGGAUAUAUUAGCAUCAUCAAGAAAUGAAUCUUCGUCAUUAGAAAACGUUGUGUCGAGUCCUUCAUUAAAAAGAACAUCCAGUUUGAAGAAGACGCAGUGUUCAACCUUGCUAGAUUCUGAUGACAUUUCUCUUGGAGCACGAGGACAGUAUAAAGAUCGGACCCCAUCAGUCACUCACAGUCCAGAAAUAGUGGAUCCAUCAGAAUUACAACCCUUUUCAAAACCAGAAACAGCACUGACAGAAGCCCUGAGACUUUUAGCUGAUGAUGACUGGGAGAAGAAAAUUGAAGGUCUGAACUUUGUGAGAUGUUUGUCUGCCUAUCAUGUGGAUAUUCUGACUGUAAAACUGCAUGAGACAAGUUUGGCUGUGGCUCAAGAGGUCAAGAAUUUACGCUCAGGUGUUUCUCGAGCUGCUGUGGUCUGUUUAGGGGAUUUGUUCACCCACCUGAAAAAGAACAUGGAUCAAGAACUAGAUAAUACAGUAAAAGUCCUCUUGCACAAAGCUGGUGAAUCCAACACAUUUAUAAGGGAAGAUGUAGACAAAGCACUGAAGGCUAUGGUUAAUAAUGUGACUCCAGCACGUGCACUUUGUUCUCUUAUAAAUGGAGGGCAAAGCCAUCUGCAUACCGCGGUGAGGAGAUGUACAGCCCAGCACCUGUCGGAUGUUGUAGAACGUAUGGGUCCUGCACGGAUACUGUCUGGAGCCAAAGAUGUCACUGAUAGGAUUUUGCCUGCAAUAGCCAGGUUUGCGCAGGAUGGUUCACAAGAAACAAGGUAUUAUGGUCGAAAGAUGCUCUUCAGUAUGAUGUCUCAUCCUGAUUUUGGUAAAAUGCUUGAAAAGUAUGUGCCAGCCAAGGAUUUGCCUUACAUUAAGGAGUCUGUUAGCAAUCUACGUCAAAAGGGUCUGGGGGAGAUGCCAUUAGAUACACCUUCAGCAAAAGGAAGACGUUCCCAUACCAGUAGUGUUGGGCAUUCGAGGUCAUCAUCUACUUCCAGAGAUGCUCUCAACAUCACUGAGAGUAAAGAAUCUGCAGAAGCUCGUGAAGUUCCAAGAAGAACAGCUCAUAAUUCACUAGAAACUGCAGAAUAUGUUAAAGUCAUUACAGAUUUAUUGAAUGCAAAAGACUUCCGUGAUCGAAUAAAUGGAAUUAAGCAAUUGUUAUCAGAUACAGAGAACAAUCAAGACCUUGUUGUUGCAAACAUUGUGAAGAUUUUUGAUGCUUUCAAGUCUCGCUUACAUGACUCCAACAGUAAAGUAAAUCAGGUUGCUUUGGAGACAAUGCACAAGAUGAUUCCAUUGCUGAAAGACAAUUUAUCACCUGUGAUCAACAUGCUGAUUCCUGCCAUGGUAGACAACAACCUAAACUCCAAAAAUCCAGGCAUUUAUGCAGCUGUCACAAAUGUUAUUCAGGCUCUAUGUCAACACUUAGAUAAGUAUUUGCUUCUCCAGCCAUUCUGCACAAAAGCCCAGUUUCUGAAUGGAAAAGCAAAACAAGAUAUGACAGAAAAGCUGGCUGACCUCGUUACAGAGCUUUACCCGCGCAAGCCUCACGCAGUGGAGCAGAAAGUUCUAGCCGUGCUUUGGCACCUCCUGGGAAAUACGACCAACAGCGGCUCCUUGUCUGGCGCUGGCGGGAACAUUCGGACGGCCACCGCUAAGCUGUCUAAAGCGCUCUUUGCACAGAUGGGUCAGAGCCUGUUAAUCCACGCUGCCGCUCAGCCGCCACACAUCAAGAAGAGUUUAGAAGAAUUUCUUGAGAUAAUAACCUAAAAUAACGACCUUCGUGCGUCUGCCCGCGCGUAACCCGCUCAGCCGACGGGCCCCGACCCGCUGACAGCCGCUGACGCGAGGCCGAGGAGGCCGACGCUGCCCUUGCUCGGCGCGCGGCGCCCGCGCCUUUCACGUGGAAAACCGGGGCGGCGACGCCGCGCCAUGCCGUGCCGUGCCGCGCCAGCCCUCGCGCAGCAGCCCUCCCCGCCCGCUCGCGCUUUGCCGUAGGAGCUACAGCCCAGCACCCUGUUUGUAGUACCGGAUGUGAGAUCUGUAACGAGUAAUACACUUUUUAAUCGCGUAAUCACGUUUUGACAUGUUUUAACGCUAAGCCUUACGCCUGUUAAGAAAAGCCUGGAGGUGAUGAGGAAGAACGGGGUUGUGUGUGAUGCUUGUGGAAAACACGUAUGUUUUUAAUCCACGUCUGUACUGGGCUGUGGGCCCGGCACGGGGGCGAGGCGGGGCAGCCCCGAGGGGACGGGGAUGGGCGGCCGGCCCGCAGCCACAGGGGGCCGGGCCGCCCCGCGGCCCCCGGUACUGUGCUCGUUUCGCGAAGGAACCGCUCGAGAAUAAACGGAUUUAUUUCUGUAA